AUUAUUUGCAUCCUCGGAUUGGAGUAUGUUCGAGAGGAACAACCGACGACAGGAUGGACGUGCUUGAAAUCAAGCUAGCAAACUAGCUUUGAAAAAGGCGAUUAUUUGCAUCAGUAUGGAUGAGACAGAAGAGACACUUUUGAGGGAAUGCCGACUAGGCAAUAAUGAAGAAGUGCAGGAGCUUUUGGAGAUGAGGUCAGCCUUGGCUACCUCCCUGGACUUAAAUUGCAAGGGCAAAAGUAAGCAGUUCCUGGACCAGACUCCCCUGCAUCUCGCCACCUACUUCGGGCAUGUGAAGGUAGUGGAGCUGCUUCUAGAGCACGGCGCCGACAUCAACGCAGUAAACCACUGUGGCGACACUCCGCUUCACAAAGCUGCCUAUAUCGGCAACGAGGAGCUGGUGUUGCUGCUGCUGAAGCGGGGCGCCUCGGUCAGCGUGCUGAACGGCGAGGGCCGGCUGGCGGCGGCCGUCUCCACCGACCCCUACAUCAGCAGCCUGCUGCGCGCGGCGGCCGGCACCGAGCGCCGCCUGCAGCAGCAGCGCCUGCUGCGCGCCGCCAGCGACGGGCACACUCACGUCGUCGACCAAAUGCUGAAGGAGCCGCAUCCACCGAACAUCAACUGUGCCGACAAUCAGGGCAACACGUGCCUGCACGUGGCGGCGUACCGGGGCCACAAGGCGCUGGCCGUGCUCCUGCUGGAGAACGGCAUCGACACCACCAUCCGUAAUGUCAGCGGUCAGCUGGCGGUGGACCUGACGCAGGACGACCAGAUGCGCCAGGUGCUGGGCGUGACGCCGCUGCGGCGGCUGCAGCGCUCGGCCGUCCGCUGCGAGGGCCCGCUCGUGCGCCGCCACCGGUUCACCGGCUGGAAGCCCGUCUGGGCGGUGCUCGAGCGAGGAGUGCUGACCUACUUCAGCUCCCGCGGCGACGCCAGCUCCGGCGUCAAGCGUAAGGACUUCAAGUACCUGGACGGAGCGCGCGUGGCGUCGGACGGUGACCCGGAGGGUGCCACGCUCGUGGUGCGGUUCAGCGACGGCACCAUGCACCGGUUGCGCUGCGACGACGGCGACGACCGCGUCAGCCGGCAGAAGUGGGUGAACGCGCUGCAGGAGCACAUCGACUUCAGCAGCCACUACAUCCGCCAAGGCCUCGGACUGGAGGACCCGGAGGAGGACGGAGUGAAGUCACUCGGCUCAAUGCAGGACGCGAUGCAGAGUGCCAAGGCCCAGGAGCAGCUGCUGCGCGAGCAUCUGCAGGAGAUCACGUUCGUGAUGAGCUCUCUGCACAGCGCGGAGGCGGUGCCUCACUCGCUGGCGGUGGUGGAGAGGCUUCGGGAGACCAGUGAAUGUGCCAAGGAGAUGGUCGGAAGCCUCGCUCACUGUCUGGCCCUGUUCACGCAACAGGAGGAGGUCCGCCAGCUGCAGCUGCGCCAGGAGCGCGAGCGCUGCCGCGUGCUGGAGCAGUCGCUGCACGUGCUGGCCACGGAGCACCACCAGCUGGAGGAGUCGCUGCACCGCAGCCUGUCGUCGCAGGCGCCGCCCUCCCAGCUGCUCGAGCAGCACUGUGUCACCUCCGAGGACGAGUUCUUCGACGCCGACGACACUGAACUGUCGGACGACGACCUGACGCUGACCAGCUGCACCACGCCGUCCAUCAGCACGCCGGCCACGCUGAGCGAGGCGGACGUGGCGGCCGGCUCCUCGGUCUCGCUAGCCUCCUCCGAGACGGUGGUGUCGACCGAGGGGGGCCGGUACCGGCGGCCGGCGGCGCGCCUGGCUCCUGGCCUGGCCGGCCGGCCGCUGCCGCCGUCGCAGCGCGCUUACGGCAGGAUCCGUCUUCCCAAGGAGCAGACCUCGGCGGACAACUUCAGCGUUUGGUCGGUGCUGAAGAGCGCCAUCGGCAAGGAGCUGACCAAGAUCUCGAUGCCGGUGGUGUUCAACGAGCCGCUCAGCUUCCUGCAGCGCAUGACGGAGUACAUGGAGUACUCGCACCUGCUGCAGGCCGCCGCCCAGGAGCAGGACAGCAUCACCAGGAUGCAGUAUGUGGCCGCCUUCGCCGUGAGCGGUCUGGCCUCCAACUGGGAGCGGGUGGGUAAGCCGUUCAACCCGCUGCUGGGCGAGACGUUUGAGCUGCACAGAAGUGGCUUCAGGAUGGUCUGUGAGCAGGUGUCUCACCACCCGCCGGUCUCAGCGUUCCACGCCGAAGGCGACGCGUUCCGUUUUCACGGCUCGAUCCAGCCCAAGCUCAAGUUCUGGGGCCGCUCAGUGGAGAUCGAGCCGCGCGGCCUGCUGACCGUCGAGCUGCCCGGCCACGACGAGGCCUACACCUGGAGCAACGUCAACUGCUGCGUGCACAACAUCAUCGUGGGGAAGCUGUGGAUCGAGCAGUACGGCACCAUGGAGAUCACCAACCACCGCACCGGGGACCAGUGCACCAUUCUGUUCAAGCCUGCUGGCUGGUUCUCCAAGGAACUGCACAGGCUGGAGGGCUUCGUUGCCGACAAAAGCAAGGUCCGCCGCCGCUUCUUGUACGGCAAGUGGACAGACUUCCUGCGCAGCACGGACAUGCAGUCCUACGAAGAAUACGAGAAGCUCAACUCUGGCCAGAUGAAGUCGGGUCAGAACGGCGAGGUCAGACCGGCGCCGGUCGGCCACCGCGGCGUACUUUCCAAGCUCAACAGCAUCACCGCCACCACGUUCAAGGCCCCGCCGGAGAGGGAGCCGGGUCCGGAGGGCGACGGGGACGGCCCGGCCGAGCUGGGCGCCGACGGCGAGGUUCCCCGCUGCAGCUCGCUGUACUCGAUCGACAUCCCCAACAGCGUGACGCUGUGGGAGGCCGACCCGCGGCCGGCUCACUCGCGCAGAUACUACAACUUCACCAGCUUCGCCAUGGCGCUCAACCAGCCGGAGCCGGAGCUGCAGCUCUGCCGCACUGACUGCCGGCUGCGACCCGACAUCCGGGCGCUGGAGGAGGGCAACAUCGACCUGGCCGCCGCCGAGAAGAACCGGCUGGAGGAGAAGCAGCGCGACGCCAGGAAAGCGCGCGGCAAACGCAAGGACGUCUGGCAAGCGCGAUACUUCAAGCGCUGCAGCAACCCCCACGUGAAGGUGGACGACUGGCUGUUCACCGACUCGUACUGGGACGAGCGGCACUCGUCCCAGCUGGACAUCUUCUAGCGUCAUCUCUGCAGUCUAGUGUGGUGCCGUUGCCGGGCGCGCCUGCCCCGCCGAGAGCGUAUCGUGGCGCACAGAUGGCGCCAGUAUAUGUCCCGACCUGCGGCGGCUGGUCAAGGCGCAGCCAACACAGGCCGGCGGGCGAGCGGCGGUCUCCGGCACCCCGGAGACCAGCGGGCCCGGACUGGCCUGCUGCAGUGCUCGCGCCAGGCUGAGCGGUCGGUCUCUGGCGCCUCGGGGACCGGGGCCGGCCCGCUGCAGUGCUCGCGCCAGGCUGAGCGGUCGGUCUCUGGCGCCUCGGGGACCAGGGCCGGCCCGCUGCAGUGCUCGCGCCAGGCUGAGCGGUCGGUCUCUGGCGCCUCGGGGACCAGGGCCGGCCCGCUGCAGUGCUCGCGCCAGGCUGAGCUGUCGGUCUCCGGCGCCCCGGGGACCAGGGCCGGCCCGCUGCAGUGCUCGCGCCAGGCUGAGCGGUCGGUCUCCGGCGCCCCGGGGACCAGGGCCGGCCCGCUGCAGUGCUCGCGUCAGGCUGAGCGGUCGGUCUCCGUGGCUGCGUGCGUAGCAGUCUGUGAGGCGUAGCCAGGCGGGGCAGGGACGGGACCAGCACGCCCCCGAGCUCGACUCGGAACAGCCCCGGCCGGCUCGUACUGCCGGCCGGGGCGCAGAGCCUGUCCGCGGAGCCUCUCCUCAUGGUGUAUCUGUAUGAACGCCAGGUGGAUGCACCGGAGAGAGGUCCAGGUGGCGUGGUAACUGUUACUGGAUGGUGUCGGGCCGGAACGUUCGGGGUGCUUAUCCCCGAAUUUAGCUGUUAUGCCCAUGUGGUGCGAUAUUAUGAAGUUGGAAUUUUUAGCUUUGUGACUGAGUCGCAGAUGAACAACGUGUUUUGACAUUCGCGUCUUUGCUUUCAUUUGGGUACUUAUAAGUGACUGUAUCUGCAACGUAUCUUCGCUUGCGCGACUAAGAUUGGUCACUGUAUGACCCCCGUCGUAAACUGAAGGAUGUUACCAUUUUUUAUUCUUUAGUUUUGUUUUGUAUGCGUUACGGAGUUAUCAAAGAAAACUGGAGCUUCUACUCGACAUUAGAUCACGGUACAGCCUCUGUUCCUAUGACAUCCGUUUUUGUGCGGGCGACUCUCCCAAAGGUCUGUGACCGUACUUUGAGUUCGCCGUUUGUUUGAAGGAUAGACAUCAUAUAUGCAUCAUGCUGACUGCAAUAAACGUGUAUGCCA